AUGUUUAUUUUUCUUUCUUUCUUUCUUUUUAGCCUUAUAAAUCCUUGUCUGUAUCUUCUCUUCCUUCUCAACUGUUUUCAAUCCUUGUCUGUAUCUUCUCUUCCUUCUCAACUGUUUUCAAUCCUUGUCUGUAUCUUCUCUUCCUUCUCAACUGUUUUCAAUCCUUGUCUGUAUCUUCUCUUCCUUCUCAACUGUUUUCAAUCCUUGUCUGUAUCUUCUCUUCCUUCUCAACUGUUUUCAAUCCUUGUCUGUAUCUUCUCUUCCUUCUCAACUGUUUUCAAUCCUUGUCUGUAUCUUCUCUUCCUUCUCAACUGUUUUCAAUCCUUGUCUGUAUCUUCUCUUCCUUCUCAACUGUUUUUCAAUCCUUGUCUGUAUCUUCUCUUCCUUCUCAACUGUUUUCAAUCCUUGUCUGUAUCUUCUCUUCCUUCUCAACUGUUUUCAAUCCUUGUCUGUAUCUUCUCUUCCUUCUCAACUGUUUUCAAUCCUUGUCUGUAUCUUCUCUUCCUUCUCAACUGUUUUUCAAUCCUUGUCUGUAUCUUCUCUUCCUUCUCAACUGUUUUCAAUCCUUGUCUGUAUCUUCUCUUCCUUCUCAACUGUUUUCAAUCCUUGUCUGUAUCUUCUUCCUUCAACUGUUUUCAAUCCUUGUCUGUAUCUUCUCUUCCUUCUCAACUGUUUUCAAUCCUUGUCUGUAUCUUCUCUUCCUUCUCAACUGUUUUCAAUCCUUGUCUGUAUCUUCUCUUCCUUCUCAACUGUUUUCAAUCCUUGUCUGUAUCUUCUCUUCCUUCUCAACUGUUUUCAAUCCUUGUCUGUAUCUUCUCUUCCUUCUCAACUGUUUUCAAUCCUUGUCUGUAUCUUCUCUUCCUUCUCAACUGUUUUCAAUCCUUGUCUGUAUCUUCUCUUCCUUCUCAACUGUUUUCAAUCCUUGUCUGUAUCUUCUCUUCCUUCUCAACUGUUUUCAAUCCUUGUCUGUAUCUUCUCUUCCUUCUCAACUGUUUUCAAUCCUUGUCUGUAUCUUCUCUUCCUUCUCAACUGUUUUCAAUCCUUGUCUGUAUCUUCUCUUCCUUCUCAACUGUUUUCAAUCCUUGUCUGUAUCUUCUCUUCCUUCUCAACUGUUUUCAAUCCUUGUCUGUAUCUUCUCUUACUUGUAUAUUUUCUCAACUGAAUAAUCUAUCUAUCUAUCUAUCUAUCUAUCUAUCUAUUUGA